CCAUAAUGUUAUUUCUACUUUUUCUUGCGGCCAAUAUUCUAGUACUGGCAAGCGCCAAAGGCUCGCAUAUAAGCAAUCAAAUUCACCUACUCCGUCCACAAUCAGGCUCCGGCGGCAGCCGUGUCAAAGGAUUGUCAUGCCAGAGCUGGCGAUACGGAGUUGAGACCAACAGUGUCAUCGGCUGGAAAACGAUUCCGGUGACGUGUGAGGACUACGUAGGCCACUACAUGCUGGGGAGUCAGUAUAGGAAAGACUCUAACCUCAUUAUUAAUGAGGCUUUUCUCCAUGUUAAGAGCCUCAGCCUUUCUAAGAACGGCGUCGUCAAGGACGUUUGGGUCUUUGACAUUGACGAGACUACGCUCUCUAACUUACCUUAUUACGCCCAACAUGGCUUUGGGGUGGAGCUGUUCAACGCUACGUUGUUCAAUGCAUGGGUUGGGACAGGAAAAGCACCAGCGCUGCCGGAGAGUCUUGAACUUUAUAAGAAAUUACUAAAACAUGGUGUUAAGGUUGUGUUCAUAACUGGGAGAACUGAAGACCAAAGAACUAUUACUGAGACCAAUCUUAAAAAUGCUGGAUACCACACAUGGGACAAGCUUUUACUCAAGGAUAAAGCUUUUUCAGGCAAAACAGCAGUUGAGUACAAAUCAGCUCAGAGGAAGAAAUUGGAGGAGGAGGGAAAUAGAAUUAUUGGGAACAUGGGAGAUCAAUGGAGUGAUCUGUUGGGCACAAACACAGGCAUUAGGACCUUCAAGUUGCCUGACCCAAUGUACUACAUUAGUUGAAUAUUUACCAAAUAUUCAUUAUCUACCAAAUCCAAAUAUUAUGUAAUACGUACUGUGCCCCUUUACUGAUUUUAUAAGGUUUUGGAGUGUUUGAGUUGAUUAAUCCUUUAAAUAAAUAAAAAAGUAAGUGAGAAGUUGCUCGCA